AUGGCUGCGACAGCGUUCUGUCUCACCCUUCCCCUCAUGCCACCGACAUCAGCAUUUGUUUGCAAUUUUACUGAUUGUCAAGCUCUUGUGAAAUUCAAGGCAGACAUUAUAAGUGAUCCAAAAGGUUAUCUCCAAGAUUGGAAUGAAGCCAACCCCUACUACAACUGGACUGGUAUUACGGGUCACCAAUCUCUCCGAAGCCGGGUUAUAGAUCUUGAGCUCAUAGACCUUGGCUUACAAGGAAAAUUGACACGACUAGAAUUAGCUGUGAAUUACUUUACUGGUAAAAUUCCUGGGGAACUCGGAGCUUUGACCAAGCUAGAGGUUUUGUAUUUGCACCGGAACUGUCUUGAGGGAGCAAUACCAGCAUCGCUAAGUAAUUGCACUGCAUUACGUAGAAUUUCAUUGAUUGUGAAUCGAAUGUCAGGAGAACUCCCUGCUGAAAUGGGGAACAAGCUCCAAAACUUGCAGAAGGUGUUGUUUCGAGACGACGCUAUUUCUGGUAGGAUUCCAGUGACAUUCUCAAAUCUUUCACAAACAACACUGCUUGAUUUAAGUUUCAAUAACUUAGAGGGUGAAGUUCCAGAGGAAUUGGGGAAGUUGAAGAACCCAGGACACCGUCCAUCGAUCUCUUUGAUCACAAGAGAGCUGCAAGCCUGCAACAUACUCGGAAAGAAAUGGGAUUUGAAAGAUUUAGAACGUAUGCUUAAGCCUGAAGCAUAUCAUUAUGACAAUGUUUGA